AUGGAUAGUUUUCAGCAAUAUUAUAUUGACUUCGCUAGUGAAGUGUUAAUCAAUAGUCACUUUAGAUUCCCAGACUCACCUGGCAUUGAUUCAAUCGCUUGGUUACGAGCCGAUGUACCAGAAAAUGGAUUUGCCGGUGUUUCGUUUAACAACACUUACAAUGUUGUUAAUGCUGAUUAUUCUAACCCAAAUGCGAGAGGCAGAUAUAUUUCGAAGCAAAUUUUUGAUACAAAACUUGGGACUGCGUGGCAACUAGUUGAGAAGAAUGGCGUCGCACAAUUUAGCAAAAACGUCGGAGAUUCGGCCGGAGAUAAUAUGAUCACCAUAAAAAAUGCUUCGAGGAGUAUCGCUUCUUUGGGUGUAGGAAUGGCCGGACGAUUAUCUGCCAUCAAAAAACGAGUAUAUGUUGGGGCUACAGCUGCGUUCAAAAUUAUACCACAAUAUUAUGUUGGGAUUUUUGCGGAUUUAGAAGUUGGAACGAUGAUUACGGAUGACGUAAUAAUUGCAAAUAAGCUGAUUGAUUUCAACGGGGUCAAUGCUGUAAAAGUCAGAGCAUAUAUUGAAGGUUCUCAAAUCAAGAUCGAUACCACUUAUUCUGUCCGUCAUAAUUCUGCCAUAUGA